UGUCCGCACGUGCGAGUCUCGCACACACUCCAUCAUGACGGGACAGGAUGCCGCCUGACGUCUUCUCAUCUCGGCUGAUGCGCGCCUCUCCUUUUCCAGCGGGAGGGGGGUGGGAAAAACCGCCGGUGGACGGCAAACUUUUUUCCACCAUGGAACCCGCGCCGCUUCGUGACAACCGCACGUUUGGGAGCCGGUCCGGUUCGGUCUACGCACCCUCGGCAUUCUAGAAGAAGGUUGCUUCUCGCCCUGGGCCGGAAACGCGAAGGAGGUGUUUUUUUUUGGGUUUUUUCCCGCCCAUUUGUCAAGUGUCAAAAAUAUUUCUUCCCCCCUCCACCUGCCUCUUAUGGGAAUUAAGCACUCGUCCCGUUGCAUGCUCCUCAGGAGAAAAAUGGCGGAUUCUGAGAGCAAUGAGCUGCCACAGCCGCAGCCGGUCCGCAUCAUUCCAUCGCGGUCGGCUCAGCCCACCUCCUUGCCAAAGCCUGUGCCUUCCAUCCAGCAGCCGACACCAAGACCUGUUCUACCGCCACACACGCCACACGCCGCCGGCCUUCCCAACUGCUCCGGACGGGGCAAGAUGGCAAAGCUAUGUAACCCCGAGGAGAUGACCUCAAAGGACUACUACUUCGACUCGUACGCCCACUUUGGCAUCCACGAGGAGAUGCUCAAGGACGAAGUGAGGACCCUGACCUACCGCAACUCCAUGUACCACAACAAGCACGUGUUCAAGGACAAAAUAGUUCUUGAUGUGGGAAGCGGCACUGGGAUCUUAUCCAUGUUUGCAGCCAAAGCAGGAGCGAAGCACGUGUAUGGGAUUGAAUGUUCCAGCAUAUCAGAAUACUCGGAAAGAAUCAUCAAGUCCAACCACCUUGAGAGCGUGAUCACCAUCAUCAACGGAAAGGUGGAGGAAGUGGAGCUUCCUGUGGAGAAGGUUGAUAUCAUUAUAUCAGAGUGGAUGGGCUACUGUCUCUUCUACGAAUCCAUGCUGAACACGGUUAUCUUCGCCAGGGACAAGUGGCUGAAACCAGGUGGAUUAAUGUUUCCUGAUCGAGCCUCUUUGUACGUUUUGGCCAUCGAGGACAGGCAGUAUAAAGACUUCAAAAUACACUGGUGGGAGAAUGUGUAUGGCUUCGACAUGACUUGUAUUCGCAAUGUGGCAAUCAAGGAGCCGCUGGUUGACGUCGUGGACCAGAAACAGGUGGUGACCAACUCCUGCCUGGUCAAAGAAGUGGACAUCUACACGGUGAAGACUGAGGACCUUUCUUUCACGUCAGCAUUCUGUCUGCAGAUCCAGAGAAACGACUACAUUCAUGCACUGGUCACCUACUUCAACAUUGAGUUCACCAAAUGUCACAAAAAAACUGGUUUCUCCACUGCUCCUGAUGCUGCAUACACCCACUGGAAGCAGACAGUCUUCUACCUGGAGGACUAUCUGACCGUGCGAAGAGGAGAGGAAAUCACUGGCAGCAUUGCAAUGAAGCCUAAUGACAAAAAUGUUAGGGACUUGGACUUCACCUUUGAGCUGGAUUUCAAAGGACAACUGUGCGAGGCAGCUAUAGCCCACGACUACAAGAUGCGCUAGAUUUUGCGGGAAGGGAAUGGGACUCCCGUGGAGAAGAGGAAGCCCUUACAGACCAC